CAAGCUAGGGAGGGAGGGAGUUCACUGUUCAGCUGAGGAAUUGGAAGUGAAACUCGCAUGUAAACUGUCCACGAAAAAAAUACCAUUGCAAAUAAUUGCACUGGAUGGCUGGUAGCUGUACAGCUCUAAAUUCUCUGUGCCGAGAUUUUCCUCUGUACACAGUAGUAAACGUCGAUUUAUGUGUGUUAUCACCAGUGUGCAGAGAUGGACUUGGAGCGUCAAAAGCGCCAGGAGGGCAUACAGAACGCCCUGGGAUUCAUACAGUCUUCUUUGCCUUAUCCAAAGCCUGAAGGCUAUAAGGGGUUUCUGACCCAGUUGGUGUGUAACCUGCUGGAUGAGGGGAAUGCAAUGUUCAGGGAGGGUGAGUGGCAGCAGGCCAUAAAUGACUUCAGUGAGGGUGUUAACGUGACCCACUAUGCCCAGGCUGAGACUCUGGAAAUCCCAUCAGCUCUGCUGGAGAGUCUGUAUUUCAACAGGGCAGCAGCCUACCACAGCAUGGGGGAGUAUGAGCAGGGUGUGCAGGACUGUGACAGUGCGCUGGCUCUGUGCAAAGACAGUUGCAGGGCACUCUACAGGAAGGCUCUAUGCCUGCGGGAGCUGGGCCGUUUCAGAGAGGCCUACAACUGCAGCACGGGCUGCCUGCUCACUAUGCCUAAUGACAAACAUGUGUAUGAGUUGGCACAGGAGCUAGCUAACAAACUGGGCCUGAAGAUCCGCAAAGCCUACGUUAGCACAAAGGAGUCGGCCACAUCUGAGAAAAGUAAUGGCAACACAGCUCCUUUUGCAGGAGAGAUAUAUGGCAGUGGUCUGGAUUCCUUAAGUGACAUCUCAUCAGUUGGUUUCUACUGCAAGCCUCUAUCCGCCGCUAUCUCAGUUAGUGAUGAAUCCUCUCCCUCUGGUCCUCUGGUCUACUCCAAGCUUCUGGGUAGCCCUGUCCAAGGCCCUCGGGGGUUGACCAUCUCUGUGUCUGAGUCGGAGCACCUGGGUGACAGUGAACUGAUGGGAGAUGAUCUAGACAGCCUGCUGGACUGUAUUCCCCCCCAACGUGCCUUUCCCACCAUCCUCCCCAGCUCAGCUUGUGUCCCCAUCCAGCUCCCAUUUCCCUCACGCCUGCCCGCCCCCUCGCCCCGGCUCCCCCCAGCCUUCUUCAACUCAGCCAUCAGCCAGUUCAACUCUCUGGACACCUUCCCAGGCAUGGGUGGGGGGGAUGCCCUAGGUGCUCUGAACUCUUUAGAUGGCCUUGAUGCACUAGACUCUCUAGAUACUUUAAACAACCUGGACACCCUUUCAGGCCUUGGUGGUGGGGAUGCCCCGGCUCCCACAACAGCACUCUAUUCACUUGAUGCCUUAGAUGCCCUGGACAGUUUCUACCCACUUGGGGGUGCAUUAGCAGACAAACCAGUGGUGGUGGGGGGAGGGGGGCUGGACUCCCUCUCUGAGUUCAACCUGCCUGGUGCAAGAAUCUCCCACAAUGUUCUCUCUGCGACACGUUCGCCCAAGAAAUCCAACCACACAGUGGUAAAGAAUGGCCAGGUCUCCUCCAAGCUGUCUCAGCUGACCAAGAACCCCCUAGCAGCCACCCAUGACUUCACGCAGGCCUGUGCCACGUGCUACAGCUGGAUAGGUCCAGGGGUCCUGGACUACCAGCACCAGGCAGAAUUGGCCCACCGUUGUAAGCGGGACAUUCUUCUGUGCAGGAUCAGGGCUUCAGAGCACCCUGUCUGGAACAGGGUGCGACCCCGGCCCAAGCACAAUUUUACUGGGCCGUUUGUGCUCUGCAAGGAGGUGCUGGAGACUCAGAAGUGUAAGUAUAGGGAGGGCUGUACGUUUGCCUACUGCCAGGAGGAGGUAGAUGUGUGGACCCUGGAGAGGAAGGGAACCCUGAACAGAGAGCUGUUGUUUGACCCGCAGAGCCCCAACAAUGACAGGCUCAGCAUCACAUGCCUGCUGCAGCUCCACAACGGCAUGUUCAUGUACCUCUGUGAGGAGUGCUAUGACAGUAAGCCCAGGAUCAUCAGUAAUCGCAUUAAGGAGGUGCCGUCCACCUGCUCCAACCCCUGCGCCCGACACUCAUUCGACAAAAACAAGUGCCUGGUGCAUGCGGUGAGGUCCAGCAGUGUGCACUACACUAAGAUCCGCCCGCUGUACACCCAGUGCCAGUUGGACGUGUGCCGCCAUGCCCAGCGCUAUGGCUGCCAGCGAGAGGACAGCUGCUCCUUUGCCCACUCCGUCAUAGAGCUCAAGUGCUGGAGGCUGCAGAAAGACUCUGGCAUCACUCAUGAAGAAAUUGUUCAGGAAUCCAAGCGACACUGGCAUAAACAGGAGCAGAACACGCACAAAGCCAAGCCGGUGUACAUGCCACCACCAUCUUCAUCCUCAAGUGGUGGGGGAGGAGGAGGCUAUAGCUUGAACCUGAAGAGGAAGUUUGUCUGUGGUCAGUGCUGGAGGGACGGGCUGGUCAGCGAGCCGGACAAAGCGCUUAAGUACUGUACAGCUAAGGCCAGGCACAAUUGGACGAAGGAGCGCCGGGUGCUGUUGGUGAAGUUUUUCGAGGGAAAGAAGUGGGUGAUGGUGCGGACGUUGCCUUUUGCCAAGACCUACCCCCAGCAGUAUGACAUAUGUGCCCAUGUGGUGAAGCAGAAGAAGUGCCACUACAUUGGGAACUGUGCCUUUGCCCACAGUGAAGAGGAGAAGCAAGUAUGGACUUAUAUGAAGAACAAUGGCUUGAAGGAUAUGCAGCAGAUGUACGACAUGUGGCUUACAAUGACGAAUCAAAACCGUCCGCCGGAUGACACCCUGAUCACCCAACCCGUAGAGGAGAAGCAAAUUGUCAUGCCAACCGACUAUGCCGAGCCAAUGAGCGGCUUCCAUUGUCGUCUGUGUGGGAGGCAUAGUAACAGCGAGCGCCAGUGGCAGCAGCACAUCUCCUCAGAGAAACACAAGGACCGUGUAUUCAGCUGCGAGGGAGAGGACGAGAGCCUCACCUGGACAUACCGCUUCCCCGGACUCCGCCUCGCCCUUUGCCCCAGGCUGGAGAGUGGCUGUCCCGAGGGGGUGAGCUGUGACUACGCCCACAGUGUUGAGGAACUGGUGGAAUGGCAGGAGAGGCGGGAAUUCCUGCGGCGGAAGCUGGCCAAGGCCCGUGAAGACAUGCUCAUCAUGCCAGACGAGUUUGACUUUGGGAAGUACAACUUUCUCCUGCAGGACUGAAGCCCCUGUCCCCUAUGUGAGACACUUUCACCUGUAAAUAGACAGCAGUCGUCUGUUUUGUUGAAAACCCUGGGGGGUAUUUUCUUUAUUAGUUAACAGAUGAUACAGUUUAUACCUGUUUGAGCUGGUUAGGACUGCAAGUGCCUUAUUUGUCCAAUAUUUUCAAAAGGGCUUAACAAAUGAGAUCUCGUCUCCGAAUUUGAGUGGGGGGAAAAGUAAUUUAGCACUGCCAUUUAACAAAACAGUACUGACCAAAUAUCUCCAUUAAUAGUCUGUUUAAUCUAUAUAUGUCUUUUUGGGGGAUAUUAAGAAUUAAUUUAUGCUUCCAUUCUGAUGGAACUCUUUAUACAACCCUCAAACUUUUGCAACUGUUCUUCCAUCAAAUGAAAACCGAUUUUGCUGGAAGGCAAUCGUUAUUCACUUUCACUUUGUUAAUGUGUCUUAUGCCAAUUUAAAGCUGCAAUGUGUAACUGUUUGGGUGACCUGAGCAAAUUCACCUAGAAAUGUUAGUUAUAGAGUGGUCAUUCUCAUUGAAAGAUCUGUUCUAUGUGCCCUAUUUCUAUGCCUAAUGUUCUUAAGUUUUUGAUUCUUUUGUUUUUGUACACCAGCUUCAAACAGCUGAAAAUACUAUAUUUUUGGUUAUUGGAAAGAUAUUUCACAACAAUUUAGAUGGUACAAUGAUUCUCUACAUUGCUUGUUUUGUCACUAACUGAAAUUAGGCAAAGUAUUAGAAGUUUAGCAACUGGGAAAUGGUGAGUGAUUUCUGCAUAUUGCAUCUUUAAAGAAUUUGCUGCUGCCAUUGUAGACAGACAAAACGUUACAGAAUAUGAUCACACUAAUACAGGGGUUAUUUCAAUGUUUUUAUCAAUAUUGCUAGCAACAAGAUUAAAUUAAUUUUAAAUUAGACAUACAAUAUAAAAGAGGGUAAUAUCUUAUUUCUACUGAUGUCAACUUUAUUUCUCAACUCCUAAUAUUGAGCAAAUUACACUCAUUGGAGCUAAUUGCACUCACCGGACAGUGUUUCUCCUAUAUUCAUUUAGCAGCGGUGAGCCACCGCUGCUAAAUUGUUGCCACUGCUCAAAAAAAUAUGAUAAACAUUUUCGGGCUGGUUAAACAUUUUCAGUGUAAACAUAAACAACUAAACCAGAUAUAAAGUAUGUAGAAAAUAUAUAAUGGAGCUAUAUAUUUUAAAUAAGAUCAUUUUAAGAACAACCACCAAAAUAAAAACUAGAUAGUCAGGGAAAAUCUAAAAUUCAAAACAUUUUAUGGAAUUUGAUUUGAAGUCACUCCAAUAGCCUAACAUGUUGUAAGCCAUGGCAAAAUGUGUAGAAUUUCUGAAAAUUUGCUUUAAAAAUGCACAUUUUCUGUGUGGUCCAGCGGCACACGUAUAUGCCGGAGUUCUUGUGUGUUUGAAACCGGCCCACUGCCCUUAGGGUGACUCAAUCUCUCCUGUCUUUCACAUUGUACUAUCUCUUCAAUAAAGCAAAAAUUACAAAAGGAAUGGGACUGCCACACUCCUUCAAUUUUCUUUAAAUUAAACUGAAUUUUCUCUCACCCAGAAGAUAAAAUGUGUGGAAUUGCAGGAAACUAUCUUUAAAACAGUAAUAUUUUCUCUCCGCCCCAUGACAAACAAAAAUACAAAAUUUGUCACUGCGGCCAAGAGGAGGGCAUCUACAAUUAGCGGUUGGACUACCACGCCUACCACUACUACUGGCUAAAUAGAUUGAGGAUGCUAACUAAGGCCUUACCUGUGGGUAUAUAGUUGACCCAUAAUUUAAUAUCCAAUACAAGAGAGAUUGGAAGUUCCUCAAAUGUGCUUGUAGUAGUAGUUACUAUCUAGCGAAUAGACUCACUCAUGGUAUACUGAAGAAAAGAUUAUGUGCCCAGUAAAUUUGAAGAUGUGAAUAAAUGUAUCUCCACAUAAGUAGUCCUGCACAUUAAUACAUUAUAUCAAUGUUGGCAAACAAUAAGUAAUAAUAUGGUAGUUAAACCUAGUAAAAUAAUCAUAUUGAUUUGUAUACCUUAGUUCUUUGUUAACCCAACAAUACAAAGUAUGAUUUGGUCAGAGUAUGCUUCUGGGUGUGUCAUUCCUGUUUUGCAAGGGCGGUGGCCUAAACUAAGACUGUCAUUCUAAAUAAGGAGAGGGAGAAUACAUCAUUCAGAGUUGUGCAGAUGAGAGCAUGUAGCCCUAGAAGCUGAAAGAGGCAGUGAAGCAUACCUAGUCUCAGAGCAUUUUGUCUUAUUCUGUAAGUAAAUCCGAGACACGCCAUUUAGUAUGAUAUGUUACGUUUCGUAUGGUACGUGUUCAUUUGUGGAUUUCCAUCACCCGUACAAUAUGUUACGAAUUAGCAAAACGUAUGGUAUGUUACAAAUUCUAGCUAGGUGUCUAAUGUUAGCUAGGCUCGGGGUUAGAGUUUAGGAGGUAGGCUAAGUAGAUUAAAACGUAGUAAGUAGUUCAGAAGUUGCUGAAGUUGUCCAUGAUGAGAUUUGAACUUGCAACCUUUGGGAUGCUAGACAUUCAUGUUAUACGCCAACCCAUCCACCUUACUUUAGUUUUUGUCUUAAGUAACCAUCUGUCUUAUGUAACCAUACCAAAUACCAUACCACACCACAUACUAAUUUGAGUGUCCCAGAUAUACAUUUACUAUGUUACGUCUAGUCUAUGAGACCAGGCUGGGUGAGGGGUAAAGGGAGGCGUUAUCAUGCUCACUUUUUGGGGGGGUUCUCUUGAAAUAUUGAGGAGUUCUGUAUACAUCACUGGUAAUUAUGUAAGUGUUAGUUCAUAAGCUUUGCACAUGGGAAGUGUGUUUUAAUACCAGCUUUAGCCAGUUUAGAGAGGUAAUGGAUACUCUCGGAAUUAACCAAAUGGAAGUUUUAAGUUUGAAAUAAUAGUAUUUAGUAACAAUGACAAUUAUUAUGGCUAUAACGAUUUUGAUUUACAACAUUCUAAAAUAAUCUAUAGAGUGGGAAGUGGUAUGUUUCCUACUAUACAAACAAAGUCAGUGAGCUGGAUCCUGUUGAUUUGCCAUAGGUCAGUUUUUUUCAAACUCUGAACAUUUUGGUUUUUGCCCUGACACUACACAGCUGAUUAAAAUGAUCAAAGGAGAAUGAUUAGUUGAUUAUUUGAAUCAGCUGUGUAGUGCUAGGGCAAAACCCAAAAUGUACACCUCUUAGGGUCCCGAGGACCAAGUUUGGGAAACUGCCAUCGGUUUUGUCCUGGAUUAAAUCAUUCUAAUCGAGUGAAUCACAUUGACCUUCAUCACAUCCAUCUAUGUCAUUGAACUGACUGCACCACAAUAUAUCUGCCUAUGUUUGUCAAGGACUUUUUUUCAGGCAGUUUAAUCCUUGCUGGCUGGAAACAGUUAUUGAAACUAAAGUGCCCCCUCUCAAAGCCAUCAAUGACCCCUUUAUAAAAGUGCACCCUUGUCAAAUACUAUUACACUGCUCUCGUGACCACUCUAUUUUAUUGUAGCUGCCAUACUGAUUGAACAGAUGGUUAGAGACUGCAGUGUUUGUGCAUUUAAUUUCCAACAUCAUGGUACCUGAGAAAACAAAAAUGAAUUGUUUGAGGUAUUGACCAAAUAUGACAUGUUAAAUAAAACAAUUUUUGAGAGGUA